ACGUCCUCCUUUAAUAAUUUUACGUAGAAGAAUAUCAACGUGUCCUAUAAUGUACAACGAAUGCGGAACAACACAAGGCGGCUCAAAACACAAAAUAAUCUAUAAGCCUUAUACGAAACCUUGUUACAUGGAUCACGAUCACAAAAAUAUGACGCUGAAGAGGCCAAUGUCGCCGCAUUUGACAAUCUAUGGACCAACAUUGCCUGCAAUGACGUCCAUAACACAGCGGAUAACUGGUACGAUUGUCACGUUUUACGCGGUCAUGAUGGCUGGAGGUGCCCUGUUUAUGCCCUGUGGUAUUGACUCCUACGUCGCCCUAAUUCAGAGCCUCAAUUUGCCGGACGCACUUGUAAUAAUUAUCAAGUUCUUUCUAGGUUUACCGUUCUCCUAUCAUUACUUCAUAGGUAUACGUUAUGUGCUUUUCAAUAUGGCCAAAUUCAUGGUUUUAAAAGAAGCAUAUCAAUCUGCUUACAUAGCGUUAGUGACGUCAGUUGCCACAUCGGCGGCGUUCGCUGUGCUUUUCUAAAUUAACGCCUGGCAGUUAUUAACCUUGCCUUGUGUACAUUUAAUUCCGCUGUAUAGAAUAAAUGUUAAGCAAAAGCAAGGUUCGAACAUAUUCGGGUGUCGUCUCAUUAAAGAAGGACAUUCACCGAACGCCACAUGCUGAAUUUAAAAC